AUGGUUGAGAUUGGGUAUAACAGGUGUGAGUAUGAUUGUUGCAUAUACUACAGGGUAUUUGAGGACAGGUCCUACAUUCGACUGAUGCUUUACAUACAUGAUAUGUUGAUUGCUACGAAGGAUAAGACAGAGAUACACUUGCUUAAAUCUUUGUUAAGUAAGAAGUUUGACAUGAAUGAUCUGGGCACUGCAAAGAAGAUCCUAGGCAUGGAGAUUAGUAGAGACAUGGAGUCUAGGAAAUUGUGGCUUUCUCAGAAGAGUUAUGUGCAGAAGGUACUAGAUAUGUUUCACAAGAAAAGUGCUAAGCCAGUUAGUACACCUUUAGCAGGAAUGCCAGUAUAUUGGAGAUCUAUGCUACAGUUUACGAUAGUAUUGUCUACAACAGAAGCAGAAUACAUGGCUACGACAGAGGCGUCAAAUGUGGCAUUAUGGUUGAAAGGUAAAUUGAUAGCUAUCAUUUCGAUUCCGACAAUCAUCAUUGUUGCAAUCUUAUUCAUUCUUUGCCGAUGGAAAUUUUCAUCAAAAAAUCUGUACUUUUGGAAGAAGAAGACAGAGAUUACUCAAACUGAUGCAUUUUUGAAGAACUAUGAAUCAUUGAAAAGAUACAAAUACUCCGAAAUCAAGAAAAUGACGGACUCUUUCAAGGAUAAAUUAGGCGAAGGAGGCUAUGGCAGCGUGUUCAAAGGGAAGCUACCUGAUCGCCGUAUGGUGGCUGUUAAGGUCUUAAGCGAAUCCAAGGGCAAUGGAGAAGAAUUCAUCAACGAGGUUGCCACCAUUGGUAAGACUUAUCAUGUUAACAUUGUUAGCCUUUUGGGCUUCUGUUACCAGUUGCCCAAAAGAGCUCUUAUCUAUGAGUUCAUGCCCAACGGAUCUCUUGAGAAAUAUAUACACACACAAGAACCAACAAAUCAUCUUGGAUGGGAGAAACUACACAAAAUAGCAGUUGGCAUUGCUCGAGGCCUUGAGUACUUGCAUGUCAGGUGCAGCAAUCGUAUCUUGCAUUUGGACAUAAAACCGCAUAACAUUCUUCUUGAUGAGGAUUUUUGUCCAAAGAUCUCCGACUUCGGUCUAGCUAAGCUCUGCUCACCUAAAGAUAGUGUUAUAUCUAUGGCUGCACCAAGAGGAACCAUGGGUUAUGCUGCACCUGAAGUAUAUUGUAGGAACGUCCGGGGAGUGUCUUAUAAAUCCGACGUUUAUAGCUAUGGAAUGUUGAUGUUAGAAAUGGUUGGAGGAAGGAAGAACCUCUACUUGGAAGCGGAGAAUAGUAGCCAACUGUAUUUUCCACAUUGGAUAUAUAAACAUUUGUGUGAACGAGCAGAUGAUGUGGUAAUGGAAUUUGGGCCGGGUGGUGAGGUAGAGACGGUAAAGAAGAUGAUCUUAGUGAGCUUGUGGUGCAUACAAAUGGAUCCGACACACCGUCCUUCAAUGAGUAGAGUGGUGGAGAUGUUGGAAGAAAGUAUUGAAGGUUUGGAAAUGCCGCCUAAGCCUUUUCCAUCAUCUCCUCCGAGAUCAUAA